AUUUUACGCGAGUGCUCCAGUACAGUAGAGGCCCCCAACGGCAAUAUUCUCCCAGCCCACUUUGAUCUGUUUUGGAGCCACUGCUGCAGCCAACAAGUUGGUGCUGGUUCUCCGUUUUCUGAGUCUAUAUGGCUGAGACUGGGGAUGGAAGUCGUUUGCCAUCACCCCUUGAUGUGCUGACUUCAGAUGUUCACUCCAGGCUGGAGUUCCACAAGUAUGCCUACAUUGACUGUGUUGGCAUAAAAAAUGCGCUUGAUUGUGUCAUCGAAGAAAAGGUAAAGCUCCAGCAAGAACAGAAUGCGAUUGUCCAACUGGCUGCUGAGAAGGACGGUCUCACUAAAAAGAAUGAAGAGCUGGUAGCCGAGAUUGAAUCUCUGAAGGAAAAGCUCCAAGCAAAUGAAUCUAGCAAUCUACUGCAGGGAAGUGGUUUUCAGCAGAGCCAGUCUGGAAGGGCACAAACAGGAUCAAUGCAGAAACGGAAGCGGCAAUCUGGAGAUGAAAAUGCUGAUGAGCAUGAGCUUAUGGAAGAUCUUUCCGGUAUGGACAAUCCUGAUCAAGGUUUAAGCACUGAGCAUGAGGGUGCUAGAAGGGAAAUUUCUGAUAUCCACUCGAUGCUGAUCAAGGGGUUUAUUGACAUUAGUAAUACUGGAGGAAGGAAUAUCGCGAUAAAGUACAUAGGGCAAUUGGACGACAGGCCAUUCCUGCGAGCAUGCCUUAAGAAGCUGCCUCACAAUGAAGCACAGAAAAAAUCGUCUGAGUUGUACCACUAUUGGCAGGAGCAGAUCAUGAACCCAGAGUGGAAUCCCUUCAAGACUGUCACAGUUGAAGGUAUCACUAAGGAGAUUGUUGAUGUCAGUGAUGACAAGCUGCAAGAGCUAUGUGCUGCAUGGGAUGAAGAGGUGUGCAAGGCUGUGGUGAAUUGUUUGACCGAAAUUCAUGAAAGCGGCAAGCUGAGGGAUAGAACCAUUGUACCUGAGCUCUGGAAUUUCAAGGGCAAGAGGAAGGCCACUAUCAGUGAGAGCGUUGAGUACAUUUGUAGCCAAGUGAAGCGUCUGAAUGACACGAAAAACAGGAGGACUCGCAGGGCAAGGUGACUCGGAUGUACUGGUGCAAGAAUAUGAUGGCACAGUGAUUAGGUAGAACCCGUGGGAGUAUUAGCUAACUUAUUGGUGUGGAACUGAUGACCGGAGAACCUGAUAUUGCUGAUGGAUGAAACUUAUGAUUUGUGUGUUAUUUAUGUGUUUUGAUACCAUUUAUAACUUCUUGUGUCGAGUGGCGGGAUUAAUCUUUUUUGUUCAGCUGUUCUACUCUGCACAUUUCAGAGCAAUGUUUUGGUAGUCCGACUCCAUCAGCACUUCUGCAUGUCUAGUUUACUGUCAACUCUUAAGUUUGAUAUUUAACGUGCAAAACAGUUCUAUGAAUGACUUAAUAUUUAAAGUAGCAUAUUUCUGCA